AUGCGCGUGGAUCGAGAAAUUGCGCGGUUUCUGCGACGGAGGGAAGAAAAGAUGGUUAAGUCAUAUUUAAAGUUCGAAGCAUUAAAAACCUUUGGCCUGGUCACUUCUGCCAGCUCAAAUAUAGUCUGGAUAAAUGACGAAGGCGGUCUAAGGGGCUCCAGCCAUACAAGUGCUGGACGAGCUGUUGUUGGGGUUGGUGAAGAGGUCGCAUGCUGGGAUAUAAAGAAGGGCGAACUACUUGCUAAAUGGCACGAUUCUGAAUGCAGUGCGCAAGUUACUUGUAUUGCGCAGAGCAAAGCCGAUGAAGAUAUUUUUGCAGUCGGGUACGAGGACGGUACAAUCAGGCUAUGGGAUUCUAGGCUCGGCACCAUGAUUAUUUCAUUCAAUGGCCAUAAAACCGCUGUCACUCAGGUGACAUUCGAUCACGGAGGCGCACGACUGGCAAGUGGCUCAAAGGAUACGAAUAUCAUUAUCUGGGACCUAAUUGCAGAGGUUGGACUUAUCAAGCUGCGGGGGCAUACUGGCCAGAUAACGUCACUCCACUUUCUGUCGAGCUCUGAUAGUGAGGAUGAAGCGGUUGAGUUGCAGUGCGAGCACGAGCAAGAACAAUUUCUAUUAAGUACAGGAAAAGAUUCACUUAUCAAGGUUUGGGAUUUGUCCUCUCAACAUUGUAUCGAGACUCAUAUUGCUCAAAGCAAUGGAGAGUGUUGGGGUCUAGGCCUAGCCCCCGAUCGAAGUGGGUGCAUUACUGCAGGCAAUGAAGGAGAACUCAGAGUGUGGGCGAUAGAUGCGAGUGCUAUGAGAGAAAUUGCUCAAGAAAAGGAGGGCGUUAAUACACGAAAGAUCUUAGUGGAUAGAGGAAACUUAUAUCGCCAGGGAAAAGAUAGAAGCAUCGGUGUACAUUUUCACCCGCGUCACGAUUACAUUGCGGUUCACGGCUCUGAGAAAUCAGUUGAAAUUAUGCGUAUCCGAGGCGAGAAGGAAAUUCUAAAAAGUCUAGCCAGAAAACGGAAGAGGAGAAAGGAAAAAGGUGGGAACCCGGCAGAAGAAGACGAUAAACCCACUGGGGAUGUCCCAAUCUCACUUGCGUCAGUUCCGAUUACCGAAGUUUUUGUGACGCAUGCGAUUGUAAGGACUGGGGGAAAGAUUCGUUCUGUUGACUGGAUGAGUGGAAAGGGGCUUCAGUUACUUGCUGCUACCAGCAAUAAUCAGUUGGAGACCUACAAUAUUGUCACGGCUGAAAAGAAGAAAAAAGAAGCCGAGGAUGUGGAUUAUAAUCGGGCGCUCUCUGUGGAAAUCCCUGGCCAUCGAACAGACGUACGUUCGCUGGCUCUCAGUUCAGAUGAUAGGAUGUUGGCGUCGGCGUCUAGUGGAAAUUUGAAAGUUUGGAACGUUCGCACCCAGACAUGUCUUCGAACAUUAGAGUGUGGAUACGCUCUUUGCUCCACUUUCCUUCCUGGAGACAAGAUCGUUGUGGUGGGUAAUAAGAACGGAGAAUUGGAAGUUUUUGACAUUGCCUCGUCUACUUUACUUGAUACAAUCAAGGCCCAUGAUGGACCUGUAUGGGCGCUGCAUGUUCAUCCUGACGGCAAGUCUAUGGUCACUGGUAGCGCCGACAAAACCGCAAAGUUCUGGAGAUUCGAAGUUGUGCAGGAAGAGAUUCUAGGCACCAAACGUACCACACCAAAGCUCAAGCUGGUGCACACGAGAACCCUCAAAGUAAGCGAUGAUAUUUUAAGCUUGAAGUUCUCUCCAGACGCCCGGCUACUCGCAGUUUCUCUCUUAGACAACACUGUUAAGGUCUUCUUUGUUGAUACCUUGAACCUAUUCUUGAACUUAUAUGGCCACAAACUCCCUGUCCUUAACAUGGACAUUUCAUACGACAGCAGAUUAAUAGUUACAUGCUCGGCUGACAAAAAUGUGCGACUCUGGGGCCUUGAUUUUGGAGAUUGCCAUAAAGCGUUCUUCGCACAUCAAGACAGCAUCAUGGCUGUUGCAUUUAUGCCUCACAACAAGGAAGGAGACGGACACAACUUUUUCAGCGCAAGUAAAGAUCGAUUGAUAAAAUACUGGGAUGGUGACAAGUUUGAACAGAUCCAAAAACUUGAAGGCCACCAUGGAGAAAUCUGGUCGCUAAUAAUAAGUCAUUCGGGAGACUUUAUCGUCACCGCAAGCCAUGAUAAAAGUAUUCGAAUUUGGCAACAAACAGAAGAACAGAUUUUUCUCGAAGAGGAGAGAGAAAAGGAAUUGGAAGAAUUAUAUGAACAAAACCUCGCAGAUUCCUUAGAUCGAGAAGAAGCCAUUGAAGGGGAGGAUAGGGCGGAAGCUGUUGCUGCUGGUAAGCAAACUAUAGAAACCCUGACGGCUGGAGAGCGGAUAAUCGAAGCUCUUGAACUCGGAAUGGAGGAUCUUGAGUUAAUGCAAGAGUACAAUGAGAGGAAGGCUUCCAACCCCAAAGUUGCCUAUCCAUCUCGCAACCCCCUCUAUCUUGCCUAUGGCAACAUCUCGGCGGAAAAGUAUCUUCUCAAUACCGUCAAAAAAAUCCCAUCUGCUUCCCUACAAGAUGCCCUUCUUGUUCUUUCAUUUUCCAAACUUCCUGCGCUUUUCACAUUUUUGAACCUUUGGGCAACUAAGGAGUGGGACAUUCCUUUAACAUGCCGCAUACUCUUCUUCAUUCUCAAGACUCAUCAUCGACAAAUAGUGGCAAGCAAGAUGAUGAGACCAAUGCUCGAUGGCAUCCGACAGAGCCUGCGAGCCGUACUUUCGAAGCAAAAGGACGAGAUGGGCUAUAACCUAGCUGCGUUGCAAUUCAUCGGUGGUCAAGUACGAGAUAAGGGCAAAUCGGACUAUGUUGACGAGGAACUGUGGGAGCAAGAAGAGCGGCAGCAACAAGGUGUGAAGAAGCGACAGUUUAUAACUGUUGCAUGA